AUGGCCGCGGCCCCCUCCGACACUGAACCACCUGGCGAAAGUAAAUGCGGAGAUCCUGUUUCCAUGUCCCAACUGGUCACAGAACUAUCUAAGCAACGGAACAACUUUAAAGAGGAUGUGGCCACUUUAAUUCAAGAGUCGAUUCGGCCUCUACAAGCGUCGGUGGACGGACUGCGGGACGAAGUUGGCUCUUUUCAGGGCCGCCUUGUAGCAGCGGAAAGCCUGGCGGGCGAUAACUUUCAACGCAUUUGUGAAGCCGAAGCGGUUGUUAAGACUCUCCAGACUCAAAACGCAACCUUGCUGGAGCGCCUGGAAAACCUGGAGAAUCGAUCUCGCAGAUCCAAUCUACGCAUACUUAACAUACCUGAAGGCAGUGAAGACGGCCAAGAUCCAACUAAGUUUAUCUCCAAGUUGCUAAAGGAUGCCAUGGGGGACGACAUAUUUCCUUCUCCCCCGGAACUGGAGCGCGCGCACCGCACAGCUGGACCCAAGCCCGCAGCCGGACGACCACCGCGGCCCUUCAUCCUUGCAUUCCAUCGAUACCGGGAAAAGGAAGCCGCUUUAAGAUGGUCCAGGCAGCAUGAAGUAAAACAUCAGGGAACCACCCUGAGAAUAUAUCCAGAUCUCAGCAUCGCUCUUGCAAAGAAAAGGUCGGUAUUUAACGACGUAAAAGGAGCUCUCUACCAGAGAGACCAGAGACUAGACUUGAACAAGCUGAGCCCCAACGACAGUGACACAGUCCGAGGGCAGAUUGUAGUGAGCCUGCAAUCGAGGGACCGCAUCGGCACCGGAGGCCCCGUGGUGGACUGCAGUCGGCUGUUCGACAACGAUCUUCCAGAUGGCUGGGAGGAGAGGAGGACGGCGUCUGGACGGAUCCAGUACUUGAACCACAUCACACGCACCACGCAGUGGGAGAGGCCGACCAGGCCCGCGUCGGAGUACUCCAGUCCCGGACGGCCGCUGAGCUGCAUCGUGGACGAGAACACGCCUGUUAGCACGAACGGCGCCACGCCCACCACCGCAUUGCCUCCGAGCGACGGCGACCAGCGGGCCCAGGAGAGGCGGGUGCGGUCGCAGCGGCACCGCAACUACAUGAGCAGAACCCACCUGCACAUGCACCCGGACCUUCCUGAGGGAUACGAGCAAAGGACGACGCAGCAAGGUCAAGUUUACUUCCUGCACACUCAGACGGGUGUCAGCACAUGGCAUGACCCCAGAGUACCCAGAGACCUCAGCAAUGUGAACUGUGAGGAACUCGGUCCGCUGCCGCCGGGAUGGGAGAUCCGUAACACGGCCACAGGGAGGGUCUACUUUGUCGACCACAACAACCGAACCACGCAGUUCACCGACCCGCGCCUCUCCGCCAACCUGCAUCUAGUCCUAAAUCCAAGUUCCAACGGUUCUCGAGGAAGCAGUGAGAGUCAAAACGUCAGCCGUCAGAACCAGACGAAGGACCAGGUCCAGCAGACCCUGGUGUCCCCGGGUCAGCUCCCAGAAGAGGCCGAGUGUCUCACCGUGCCCAAGUACAAGCGAGACCUGGUCCAGAAGCUGAAGAUCCUGCGCCAGGAGCUGUCCCAGCAGCAGCCUCAGGCCGGCCACUGUCGCAUCGAGGUGUCCCGCGAGGAGAUCUUUGAGGAGUCAUAUCGCCAGGUGAUGAAGAUGAGGCCGAAGGACCUGUGGAAGAGGCUGAUGGUGAAGUUCAGGGGUGAAGAAGGCCUCGACUACGGGGGCGUGGCCAGGGAGUGGCUCUACCUGCUGUCACAUGAGAUGCUGAACCCGUACUACGGCCUGUUCCAGUACUCCCGCGACGACAUCUACACGCUGCAGAUCAACCCGGACUCCGCCGUGAAUCCUGAGCAUUUGUCGUACUUCCACUUCGUAGGACGCAUCAUGGGGAUGGCUGUGUUCCACGGCCACUACAUCGACGGCGGCUUCACCCUCCCGUUCUACAAGCAGCUGCUGGGUAAACCCAUCACCCUGGACGACAUGGAGUCCGUCGACCCCGACCUGCACAACAGCCUGGUUUGGAUCCUGGACAAUGACAUCACAGGUGUGCUGGACCACACCUUCUGCGUGGAGCACAACGCGUACGGCGAGAUCAUCCAGCACGAGCUCAAACCCAACGGCAAGAACAUCCCCGUCUCCCAGGACAACAAGAAGGAGUACGUCCGCCUCUACGUCAACUGGCGCUUCCUGCGGGGCAUCGAGGCGCAGUUCCUGGCGCUGCAGAAGGGCUUCAACGAGGUCAUCCCCCAGCACCUGCUCAAGGCCUUCGACGAGAAGGAGCUGGAGCUGAUCGUGUGCGGCCUGGGGAAGAUCGACAUCAACGACUGGAAGUCCAAUACGCGGCUGAAGCACUGCACGCCGGACACCAGCAUCGUCAAGUGGUUCUGGAAGGCCGUGGAGUCGUUCGACGAGGAGCGCCGGGCCCGACUGCUGCAGUUUGUCACCGGAUCCUCCAGGGUUCCCCUGCAGGGGUUCAAGGCCCUUCAAGGCGCUGCAGGACCACGACUCUUCACCAUACACCAGAUCGAUGCCAGCACCAACAACCUGCCCAAAGCCCACACCUGUUUCAACCGAAUCGACAUUCCUCCCUAUGAAACCUACGACAAAUUGUACGACAAGUUGCUCACUGCCAUCGAGGAGACGUGUGGCUUCGCCGUGGAGUGAACGGUCGACGCCUGCAGGACUCGGCAACAACCAGAAGCUCCCGGGGGGUUUGACCUCAGCAAACCACCGACUCCAGAGCGAGGCGUUCGGUCCGGGGCGGGGAGGGAAGGAUUCAUACUCUGACAUGUAGCCAAACUAAAAGACGGGAAGAACACCAGAAAAAAGCCUUCUUCCCUUUAUAUCAUUUUUUAAUCAUUGAAAAGGAUAUUUCCAGCUGCUAAUAACUCUAUUUACUAACUUGUGGAACCUUCAGAUUUUGCUGGCUUUUUUUUUAUUUCAGCAUUUAAAAACAGACUUUAUUCCACGUAGCAAUUCGUCAUUUUACCCAGCAGAACGCGACAAAAAUCACAUUUAUAAAUGACUGAUUUUGUUUGCCGCAAGCAAGGAUUUUUUUUAUUUUUUUUAUUUUUUAUUUUUAUGUUUUUUUACAAGCAUUCGACAGUCGCAAGUCACACUAAAUCCGGAUGCAGAUAAACCGGAGCCUCCGAGCGACCGCGCGGGGCCCGUCGGCGUUGCCACGGAGGCGACCUGUGAGCAGAAGAGGAAGGGAAGGUCACAUACUGAGCUGCAACCGACUGUUUACAACCUCCUCCAAAGACACGCAGGGGCCUGGGCACCCUGAAACCUUGAUCCGCACAUUUCAAGAGCUAGUUGUGUUUGGAAACGAGUAAAUGAAUGAAAUGCCUGAAAUGUGAUAUUUUUUUAUUAUUUUGUAUAACAUUUGGGGUUUUGGGUGGGGGGAACAAAAGAGAAACAAUAAAAUUCUAUGUAAUAUA